UAUAUCUUCAGACCUUGUCCUUCCGCCCUCUCUCUCAAUUAAUCAUAGCAGCUAAGAUCAGCUCUUCAGUUUAUCAAAAUCCAUAAAUCCACCGUUAAGUCCAUCAUCACUUCCACUUUAGGAACUGCCUGAGAACACGACCACCUGAAGUAACAAGGAGGAAGAGGAGGUAGCUAGUUGGGGAGCGGAGAAGAGAAAAGGGAGCAUAUAAGAAAUCAAAGCCUUGUGUUUACAUAUGAUGGAGUUCUUUCCUGCACAACCUGAUUUGUCCCUUCAAAUUAGUCCCCCCAACAGAAAAUCCAACACCACAGCAUGGAGGACAGCCGAUGAAGAGAUAAAUUUGGGUUUCUGGAGGAGAGCUAUGGAUUCCAAUGAUACCAUUGCUUCCAUAAAGAUGUCGCCGGGGGAACCCGAAAACACUUUCGAGCUUUCCUUGUCAAACCCAAGGGUUUCUUCUUCCUUAGAUUCCAACUUCAACCAUCUUCAUCAUCAUCUUCUUCAACAAGGCCAUGGCAAUCUUAUUCUGCCACUUCAAGACCAUAGGCAACAGCAAGGACUUCACCAAGAGCUUGGAUUGUUAGGACCCCUAAGAGGUGUUCGUGUCUACCAUAAUAAUAACCUUCCUUCCUUCCCUUAUGUCCAGCAUCAGUCAUUAGAUUCUUAUUUAUCUUGUGCAACCACCAAUUCUUCUUCUUCAGCUUCCUUUCAAUCACAAAGCCUGAUGAGAUCGAGAUUAUCAUCAAGGUUUCCAGCGAAAAGAAGCAUGAGAGCUCCUCGAAUGCGAUGGACUACCACCCUCCAUGCUCGCUUUGUUCAUGCUGUUGAGCUGCUAGGUGGCCAUGAAAGAGCUACACCCAAAUCGGUUCUUGAGCUCAUGGAUGUGAAAGAUCUCACCUUGGCUCAUGUCAAAUCUCAUUUACAGAUGUAUCGAACGGUGAAGACGACGACAGAUAGACCUCCAACUUGUUCAGGCCAAUUAGAUGGAUUUGAAAAUGGAUCGGCAGGAGAGGCUUCGGAUGAUACCUCCAUACUUGACAUUCAUGAGAACCCACCAACAUCUGAGUCUUGUGUACAUCAGCGAGGACGGUUGGAAGAUAAAGAUUAUUGUGGCCUGUGGAGCAAUUCUUCAAGCAGAGAAGCUUUGUCGCAUGGCAAACCAAUGGAUUCUCAAGGAAGCAGCUCACCAUCUUUUGAGAAGGACCCAAAUUGCCAACACUACGAAAGCAUAUCUGAUUUGAGCUCAUCAAGCUUCUUAGGAACAAGCCCCAAGAAGCCCAAUCUGGAGUUCACCUUGGGCAGGUCACUUUGGUAUCAACCACUGUUUUGAGUACUCAUAUUGAAAUCAUUAUCUUUCGAGGGCUGGUGAUGAGAAUCAGGUGCCCCCCCUGAAAAAUUAACAAAGGGAAAAAAGGGGAAAGAAGGAAAAGAAGAGAGAUAAAAGACAUGGAGACAAAAGAGACAAAGCAGGAAAAACAGGGAAGUGUGAAAAAGCAAAUCUUUCCUAGCUAGCUGUAAGAACCAAGGCACCAUAUUAUCUAAUUGAUUAUUAUAUGUUUUGCACUUUAACAAGAGAGAGUAAGAAAGAGAUUGGUCCUUUAAUUACCUUAAGGUGGGAUGUGACCCUUGGUAAUUGCAAUGGGACCCUUUCACAACAAUGUUAUUUUUAUUUCUUCCAAAAUGAAUUGUGGCUCCUUCUUCAUUCUCGGGCAUUUGCACGUGCUUUACUUUACACUUUUCCAACAAAGAGAAAGUAAAAGGAUGGAAUUGAAAAAGAAAGAACACUCAAAAAUUAUGUCUUUAAAAAUGGUCUAAAAGAGAGAAAAAAAGUUUCAUGGUUUGAUUUUGAAUGUAAUAUACUCAGUUGGAGACAUUCUUUCGUGAUAAACAGAUCCCAAUACAUCAUACGAUCUAAUGGUGGCAAUGUUCAUACGGUAAGUCUAGUAUUUUUUUUUUUUUUUUUUUUUUGUUCUUUUGGAUAUAAAGUAAACAUAGUCCUUCAACAUUGAUGUUCUUAUGGUAUCUAUCUAUAUGAUGGGAGUGUCUGAAUGACACCUCUUAGGUGUAUUUAGAAAUUUUUGUCUUCAUUUAAUUGUCCCUUGUCCUAUUCUUAAAAUUUAUUUAAGAUAAGAAUUUCAAAAUUAAUUUGAAAAUGACAUCAUUAUGUCAUUAUCAA